AUGCCACCACAGUCAUGGGUAGUGCUAAUUUGGCUGAGUGGCACAUUUUUAGCUGGACAAAGCAUGCCACUUGACAAAGAUGCAGAGCUGCAACCCCAUUCUCAUGAAUUAGAAAAAACAUCAUCCGAAGAACGUGACAUUCAUACAUGGAUGACAUUACAAGAUUCUGCUGCGUCUUUUCUUGCAGGUAAUGAAAGAGGAGACAGCUAUUCGUUGCAGACAGAAGAGCAGCACCAGGAACCCCAAACUCUGAAGAUUGAUAGAAAAAGGAGAGAGGCCUGGUGGAGGCGAAAACACGCAGCCAAAGUGGACUCCUUUGCAUAUAGAAUAGCAGGUUUGGGGCGACCCCUGGCGGGUUGGAGAAUGAACAAGAAAGGAGAAGAUGAGAGCAGUACAUUAAUGGCUAUACUGAAGCAGCUUCAUGGUGAGAAGAAGCAACUUUUGGAUCAAGAGAAAGCACUGGGGAAGGAGGAAGAAGAUGAUGAUGAUGAUGACGACGAUGAAGAUGACGAUGAAGAUGACGAUGAUGAUGACGAUGAUGAGGAAGAGGAAGAAGAGGAGGAAGAAGAGGAAGAGGAGGAGGAGGAGGAGGAGGGAGCAGAAGAAGAGAAUAAGGAGGAGAGCAAGGGGAAGGAGCGGGGAGAGGAAGAGGCAAGUCAAGCUACCAGCCACCAGACUGAAUCAACCAGCAGUUCACCGGAGUCUUCCCUUGGUCAGUGUCUGACUGACAAGAGUGAAAUCAGCUGCAGGGAUGUCAGCAUGACUCACCUGCCAAUCAUCUACAACCUGGAGGCCACGAAAUUGGAUGUGGCAGAGAACAACAUCAGAACCAUUCCUCCAGACAUUUUCUCUGGCCUGCCAAACCUAGAAGACCUGGACCUUAGUAAAAACCAACUGGAUGAUGAUUCAUUCAGCCGAAACCCACUGUCUAACUUGACCUCUCUGAAAAAGCUGAACUUAGAUGGGAACCAGCUCACAAUGAUCCCGACUCUGCCUCCGUCUCUUGAAGAACUGAGCGUAAACAGCAACAAGCUCCAAACCCUCUCCUCGCAUUGUUUCACAGGGUUGAUGAACCUGUUGAACCUGGAACUGGAAGGGAACAGUCUCCAUGACAGUGUUGUGUCACCUCAAGCAUUUAAACCCCUCAAGAGACUUCUUCACCUCAAACUGGAGAACAAUAAGUUCCGCUUGCUCCCGCAGGGCCUUCCCCGCUCUCUGCAGACCUUAGAAAUGGAGGAAAAUCUGAUAGAGAAGGUGACGGCAGAGGCACUGAGGGGUUGCAGUCAUUUGAAAAUGCUUGACCUGAGUCACAACCUCCUGAGUAACAAAGGCCUUGCCCAAGAUGUCUGGAACCGCCUGAGAAGACUUGAAGUCUUGGACCUCUCUUCCAAUCAUCUGACAUCUGUCCCCAUAAACCUGCCUCGCCGUCUCCUAAAACUGAACCUGGAACAUAACAACCUCAGUCACAUCCCCCCGCUUACCUUUCGCCACCUGAGACCAGGCCUGCAGUCACUUCGUUUAUCUCACAAUUUCUUGAGGAAUGAGGGGAUUGAGCGGGGGUCUUUUGUUGGAAUGUUCCGCUCGCUUGUUGAGCUCCUGUUGGAUGACAACCAUCUCGGGGAGGUUCCUCAUUGGGUGCGACAGUUUAAAAACUUACAAGUAUUAAGGUUGGACAACAACUAUAUCAGACUGAUGAGGCGGUGGGAACUGUGUCAUCCCCGUAAAUCUGGUUCCACAUUGGCUUCAGUCCACUUAGAAAAUAACCUGUUGGUGCCAGAGAAGAUUCCGACAAAUGCCUUCUCUUGUCUCAAAGACGCGAACGGACUUGUUAUCUAUCCUCAACGGGAGGAUUUUCCGGAAAUGUAGACAUCCAUUUCAGCUCACUAGAAUUUAGUUUGAAGUUACGGACAUUACGACUGAACAAUUUCCACCAACAUCAGUGUAAUCUGCUCAAAACAACAAAUCACAAUCCCAAAACAAACAUGCUCUGAAUGUGCUCCACUAAAAAGUUAUUAUUGUUUUGCCAUGAUAAUUUUGAUGAAUAAAUGAAAAUGUAUUUUUGGUAAUUUAGAGAACAUAAGCUUCCUACUGAUAACCAGAGGACAUCAUAAUGUGUAUACCCUUCACGAUUUAUCUGAUGUUUUUCAGCUACAGUGUGCAGUACAGCUGGAUCUUUAUUUUUGUCAA